AUGCCACCUGCGUCCUCUACCCAUGAGUCUCCCCAAAGCCAAUUGGGCUUGGAACUCCAAAGCCACAUUGCGGCAGCAGUGGCAUUGAGAACAGCACAAAUAAAGACUACUGGGGAAGAAGUCCUGGAGCUCGUCUGUAUGGUUAGCCAGAAGGACACCAAUUGGGAAAAGCAGAGCCUACAGGGAGCUGCCUCUUUGGGCAGAGACAUCAGGAUCCUGGUCCUCAACUUCAGUAAGGACCUAGCAACUGGAUACCCUAUCAAAAAGAAGAAUCACCAACCCCCGCACUCUGAGCACAACAGCUAUGCCGAAGCUACUAGAUCUCCACCCGACGUCCCCAAGACGCAGCCCAAGCUACCCAAGACCACGCACAAGUAA